AUGAGUUCCAACACCAGCCACCAAGAUGCCUCCCACGUGCACCCUGAGGGUACCUCAGCCCAUGGGGAGAACCUUGUGAUUCCUGAAUCUUUACUUCCUCGCCCGGAUUCCCCCUUGGCCCAAGGCCCAUUCACGCAUGUCCCGCGUCCGCUGCAUACUGAUAUGUUGCUGCCUUCUACUCUGGAGCCCCGUUACCUCGAGGUGGUCAACGACAUCAACGGAGCGACCCUGGAAAGCAAUCACCGCUCACUCAUGUGGGCUAUUCACCGACUCUCUGGUCUUCACGUGGCAAAUGACAACUGCGUCGUGGUUAACGCAUGCCUGGAGAGACUGUGCCAUGACGGCUUGGUCCAACGAAUGGUGCUCUAUGAGCAAAUUUUCAUGCAUCUCCCUAUGACCCACGAUCAGGAUUCGGACAUUCGGGGUCUCCUUGACAUGUGUCUGUUUCUCCAUUAUGUACCUUUGGUGAAGCGCGACAUCAAUGGGCUUCCUGAUGGUCCCCAGAAGGAUAUUCUGAAGCGACUUUUCCUUGCUAUUUGUCCCGGAGGUCAUACCGUGGAGUGA